CAGCAGAGGGAGCAGCAAAACAGGUAUACUGUGAAACAACACAGCAAGUAAGCGCUUCAGUGAGGAUUUUAACAAAGGCAUACAAAAAAGGCUCUCUUGUAAUCAAAGAUGCCUAAAUUCAUUAUUAACACAAAUGUGAGCAAGGAUGAAGUGACGGAUUGUUUUAUAGGAGAGCUCACCCAGCAACUACCAAAAGCACUGGGCAAACCAGCACAGUAUGUAGCGCUACAGAUCUCUACUGAUCAGCUGAUGUCCUUCCACGGCUCCACAGGCCCCUGCGCCAUGUGCUUUCUCUAUUGCAUUGGCAAAAUAGGAGAGCAGGAGAAUAAGGUCUAUUCCAAGCUGCUGUGUGACCUGCUGAGCAAACAUCUGAAAAUACCUGCAGACAGAAUCUACAUCAGCUACUUUGAUAUGAGUGCUGCCAACAUUGGCUGGAAUUGUACCACCAUGGCUUAAGGAACCUACAUAAACUAACAGGUUAUUCUCGGAUUUGUACUCACUGUGGCUCCA